AUUUUAGCUGAUUACGUCAUACAAUGACGUCACGUAUACAAUUAAGAUGGAAACUGACAACAAGGAAAUAAAGAAGAAAUUAAAAAAGAAGCGUAAGAGAACGGUUAUAACUGCCGAAGAAAUGAUUAUUCUUGAAAGCAGCUUCAAAAUGGAAAAUAGACCGGACAGAUUGGCCAAGAUGCGGCUUGCAAAACAGCUUGGGAAGAAUGAGGGGUUUAUUUCAAUUUGGUUUCAAAAUCGGAGGGCUCGUGAACGUCGCGAGAAAAAAUUGUCAGUUUCAGGAAAUUCUGGAGAUGAUUCUCACGAGACUGUGUCAUUCAGAACACAUUCUUCGUCAUGUCAAACAACUGAAAAGGGGGACUUUGAAGACCAGCCAUUAGAUUUGACAAAGAAGGCAAGCGUCGUCGCUGACGAACCGAAAUCGCCUGAAUUGGAGAUGCCAGUUGUGAGGUCCCCGUUAUUCAGCCGGAUUAUCCGCAUGGCGGCCGCAGCGGAAGGGGGAAUUCUUUCGAGGGAGUGUCCGUUUGUAAGUCAAGCGGUCACUGAUGCUUGCCGAGGAAUUCUGCUUGCUGACGGACGAUUGCUAUACAACCCCACGAACGGAUUUGAGAUGGAAAUGUACAAGCAAAGCUGAUUUUAAAGUGUAUAGACUAUUAAUAUAUUGGAGGAUCUACUGAAUUAUACAUGGUAUAAAUACAAUGUGCAAGUUACUGAUGAUACAAAAUACCCUGCACAAUGAACUCGGGGAUUAAAUAGUUCAGUGUGCAAUAACAAUGCAUUUCAUUUAAAGAAACCUUCGGUAUGGAUUAUUGUAAUAAUUAUCGAGGUGAAGCAGCUAUUGUAUUUAUAAGUGGUAUUAAUUAAGGGAAUAUAUUGCCUAAUCGCCGUGACUGUUUAUAAUAUUUUGAUUAGCAAGUGUAUUCUUUGAAUCAGUUGGCAAAAUCAAAUUUCGCAUACACUUUUUAUGUCUAUUUAAAUGAUUAUUUAAGUAUGAAUCAAGCCUGGCGUCGACAAGUGCUCAGGAAUACUUAACAAUCUUAGAAUAUGAUGAACAAAUUCUCUUCUUACCUCGUCAUUUUAACUUUUAAGUUUUUAUUUCCUUUCAACAGACAUAUUAAUGGUUUCUAGGCAUUUGAAUUUAUCAGCUUCAUUUUAGAGGCAUUUCCUUACAUAUAAUACAAUGAAAUAAUUAUUAGUAUGAUUAAACUAAAGAACGUUUCAAUAAAACACAUUAUUGUUGUACAAA